GUGCCCUUGCCCUGUCCGCCCCCGGCCACCAAACAAGCCGGCAUUGGGGGGGAGCCAGCAGCCGCGGGAGCCGGCUGCAGUCCCCGACCCAAGUAUCAGGCGGUGCUGCCCAUUCAGACGGGCUCUCUCGUGGCGGCGGCCAAAGAGCCUACGCCCUGGGCUGGGGACAAGGGUGGGGCGGCUCCCCCAGCUGCCACCGCCUCGGACCCGGCGGGACCCCCACCACUACCUCUGCCGGGGCCGCCACCCCUCGCGCCCACCGCCGCCGCCGGGACCCUGGCGGCUAGCGAGGGCAGAUGGAAGAGUAUGAGGAAGAGCCCUCUCGGGGGUGGCGGCGGCUCGGGAGCCUCCAGUCAGGCCGCCUGCCUCAAGCAGAUCCUUCUGCUGCAAUUGGACCUCAUCGAACAGCAGCAGCAGCAGCUGCAGGCCAAGGAAAAGGAGAUCGAGGAGCUGAAGUCCGAGAGAGACACGCUCCUUGCUCGGAUUGAACGUAUGGAAAGGCGGAUGCAGCUGGUAAAGAAGGAUAACGAGAAAGAAAGGCACAAGCUGUUUCAGGGCUAUGAAACUGAAGAGAGAGAGGAAACGGAGCUAUCCGAGAAAAUUAAACUGGAGUGCCAGCCGGAGCUUUCUGAGACAUCCCAGACUCUGCCUCCCAAGCCUUUCUCUUGUGGGCGGAGUGGAAAGGGACAUAAAAGGAAAUCCCCAUUUGGAAGUACAGAAAGAAAGAUUCCUGUUAAAAAGCUGGCUCCUGAAUUUUCAAAAGUCAAAACAAAAACUCCUAAGCACUCUCCCAUUAAAGAGGAACCUUGUGGUUCCUUAUCUGAAACUGUUUGUAAACGGGAAUUGAGGAGCCAAGAAACUCCAGAAAAGCCCCGGUCUUCAGUGGACACCCCGCCAAGACUCUCCACUCCCCAGAAGGGACCCAGCACCCAUCCCAAGGAGAAAGCCUUCUCAAGUGAGAUAGAAGAUUUGCCGUACCUUUCCACCACAGAAAUGUAUUUGUGUCGUUGGCACCAGCCUCCCCCAUCACCGUUACCAUUACGGGAAUCCUCUCCAAAGAAGGAGGAGACUGUAGCAAGGUGUCUGAUGCCAUCAAGUGUUGCAGGAGAAACUUCAGUCUUGGCUGUUCCUUCUUGGAGGGACCACUCAGUAGAGCCUCUAAGGGACCCAAAUCCUUCAGACCUUUUGGAGAACCUGGAUGACAGUGUGUUUUCGAAGCGGCAUGCAAAACUGGAGCUGGAUGAGAAGAGAAGGAAAAGAUGGGAUAUUCAGAGGAUCAGGGAACAAAGAAUCUUACAACGACUGCAGCUCAGAAUGUAUAAAAAGAAAGGAAUUCAGGAAUCUGAGCCUGAGGUUACCUCAUUUUUCCCUGAGCCAGAUGAUGUUGAAAGUUUGAUGAUUACCCCCUUCUUGCCUGUUGUAGCAUUUGGACGACCAUUACCCAAAUUAACUCCGCAAAAUUUUGAGCUGCCCUGGUUGGAUGAGCGUAGCCGAUGCAGGUUGGAGAUCCAGAAGAAGCAAACACCUCACCGGACGUGUAGGAAAUAGCUGGGUUGGCAAGAACCUUCUGUCUUCAGAUAGUUGUAGCAUGCCAUUCCCAGAGAAUGGCAGAGACCUGUAUAUGUGACCUAUGUCCUCAUGUAUGUUAUCAUUCGCUAAUAAUGCCCUUCCAUACUCCCUUGA